CACAAACCUUUCAACCAACGACCCUUCCAACAACGUUAAAUUCCAAACGUACACACGCUGAAACGCAUAUGAUGGCUCCGCCGCCGCUGCUUAUGUCCGCGCCUUCUGUCAGUGCGGCGGCGUCGUCAGCUCGGCCAGGGACGUUGCCGCAGAUGCAACGCCAAGGGCCCUGCAACGGCGGCCGGCAACGGCGGCUCGAGUCCCAGCGCCUGCGCCGCGUCUUCGACCUGUUCGACCGCGAUGGCGACGGCGUCAUCACGCCCACCGAGCUGUUGGCCGCGCUGGGCAGGCUCGGCCUCGGCCUCGACCACGCCACCGUUCCCGCGCAAGGAGCGCCAGCGGCCACGUGCGCGCUUGAAGCCGUCUUCGCGGCGUACGUCGCGCCUGGCAUGCCGGGGCUGCGGUUCCAGGACUUCGAGGCGCUCCACGCCGAGCUCGCCGGCGACCAUGGCAACGCUAAGGAGGAGGAGAUGAGGGAGGCGUUCUCGGUGUUCGACGAGGACGGCGACAGCUACAUCUCUGUCGCAGAGCUGCAGGCCGUGCUGGUACGGAUGGGGCUGCCUGAGGCCGGGUGCAUGGCGCGGGUGCGCGACAUGAUCGCUGCCGCCGACCGGGAUAGCGACGGGCGCGUCGACUUCGACGAGUUCAAGGCCAUGAUGGCCGGUGGUACAGCUACAGAUAUCUAGUCGUGAUCGAUGAAUUGAAUUUUUUUCUAUAAAAAAUUCAAUCUAGUCAGUAGUGCCUUGUAUAUAGGUGUAGGCAUGGCGCGCGCGUGUCUGCCAAUUCCGGUUAUAUAUCUGCCAUUUUGGAUUUUUCUCGGUUUUCCUCAUUUUAUCUGUGGUGUGGUCUGUGCAGUGGACAACAUCUUUUGUACUAGUUUGUCCGUAAUACAACAUGAUGUUUGAAUUGGGUGAAUGAAAAAUAUACUUUGGCAUUAA